AUGUCGCGGGGCAGGCCUCGGCGUGGUGGAAAAAAGGGGCACGCGCGGAAGAAAGCACGCGCUGAAAACCGGCACGGUAGGGGCACGGUUUGUGAAACGCCUCCUUCACCGGCGGCAGAGCCCCCGUCGGACUCCGAACAGGAGCUAUGCAUACCAGCGGGACUUGAGAACCUUGGCAACACAUGCUUUUUCAACUCUGUUCUCCAGUGUCUUGCGCGAUUACCUUCCUUGCAGUCAUACUUCCAGAGCACUAAGAGUAACGCAAUCGUUCGAUUCGAGGGAGCGGUGACGCUUGCACUGCGGUUGUUUCUCAUGACCCUUUGGCGGCAUGAGCGACAACGCGCGCAGAAGCGUAUAUUUGCCGACUCUUCAACUGGAACGGAAAGUGACAUAGCUGCUGGUAGCAGCGCUCCAAACCAUACGAACGACAGUGCUGCCCUGGAGCGUGCCACCCGCCGACUUUUCGAGGAGAUCGGCGAGAAAUGUCCACGUUUCAAAGGCUGGGCACAGCAGGACGCCCAUGAGCUGCUGUUGGCACUUCUCUGGACCAUAGACGAUGAGGAGCAAGAACGACUGCGGGCAGGGAAGAGUAUGUCGAAGACACCGGACUCGGCGAAAACGGUCGAGCAGGCACGCAGUUUCGUGCGAGAUAUCUUCGAAUGCCGCGUAGAAGACCGACUGGAGAUGCCGAGCUCAGGCGGGAAACCACAAGUGCGACACGAGGAGUGCCUUGCGUUGUCGUUGCCAAUACUUCGCCUUAGACAAAGUGGAGAUGCUCGUGUACGAGGCGGUCGAAACGAAGAGCAGCGAGCGGGAACCAGAGACAUGUGCGCAAGUGGUUGUUCCGUUGACGGCAAGGAUGCGCCCAAAGCGGGUGCAGACGCGCGUAGACAAAACCUAGACGGCACGGAUCUAUCUGAAACGGAGUGGAAUCAAAGUCGAAGCCUGAUGCAGGCUAACAACAGAAGCUAUUCCGAGGAUGAAGACUACGACGAAUCAGAUUGUCGCCUCGCUUGCGUCUCUUCUCUGUUUGACGACGUUGAGCUGGAUGACGAGCCUGCGUGCAGAGAUUCGGCGUCGAGAGCUUGCUCCGCGACACGAGCAUCAUCCACGGGCAUAGGUGUACACGGAGGACUCCUAGCCCUCACCUGCGAACCGAUGCAUUCGAAGAACAGCGUGCAUGGCUCAUCGCAAAUGUCUGAGGUAUGCACCCGACUUGGCGAAUGUAUUGCAGAAUGGGCACGCACAGAAGUCAUUGAACUGGUGCAGAGCACGCAGACAUCCAAAGAGUGUGCCACCACAGGACAUGAUGCAGAAAAAAACAGUUCGGAGAAAUUAGCGUCCAACAAGGAACAGUCCACGUCGUGUACUUCGUCAGCGUUACCCGACAUCAACACGGCGAACGGGGUGCGAUGCGAGAGCAUACCUCCCGGUUCGCAGACGGGUGCAGGCGCUGUGAGCACAUCCAACGGUUUCCAUUCUGGAGACUCGGCGGCAGCGGGCCACGCCAGCGAGACGGUCUCUGACUGGGAAGCGGCUCCGCUGAAAGCUCGCAAGUGGAUGCGUCUGGAGAACGCCCCGCGCUGUCUUGUACUGCACAUGAAACGCUUUACGCAGCUGGACGUCGGAUACGUUACCAAAAUAGACGAUCAUAUCAGUUUCCCGGAGACGCUAUCUUUGGGUGAGCUCUCUGAAACAGAGGCGCUGGCUCCGAUGGUUGCGGCGGAUCUUGCGCGUGUUCGAUACGAACUAUGUGGUGUUGUUGAGCACAACGGUACACUGCACUUUGGUCACUACGUAGCCUAUGUGCGAGCCAGGAGAGUUGCCACAAGCAACCAGCAGUGGUUCUACUGCAGUGAUCGACAUAUCCGUAGCUGUACAUUAGAUGAGGUCCUCCAGGCGCAAGCCUACCUCCUGUUUUAUUUCCGCGUGUCCGAAUCGGAGGAGAACAACUUGCCCGCUGCUGUACCCGAGAAGCCGUAA